AGGAAUAGGAUGAGUAGAAUCCAUAAAAAAUACUUAUCGAAAAAAGUGAUCCAUUGAGUCAUACUAAGUAUAUUUGAAUUCUAUUGAUUAUAGACUAUCUUUAUAACAAUAUAAGAAAAAAAUGCGAUAUAUAAAUUCAAUAUUCUAUAAUUAAUAAUUAUAUAUAGCAGGUACAAAUAUUAAAUCGAGGUACCCAUUCUAUGAUAAACUUACCUUCCAUUUUUGUGCCUUUAGUGGGCCUAGUAUUUCCGGCACUUGCAAUGGCUUCUUUAUUUCUUUAUGUUCAAAAGAACAAGAUCUUUUAGAUACGGACAAUAGGCACAAAUCAAGUAUAUUUUUUUAGAUCAGGGAGCAACUUGAUGAAUAAUCACUCCUAAAGGUUUACACCAUAAUAGUGCUAGUUGAUGAGAGUUACUUCGGAAACAAAGAAGAAUCAAGUCAAAUUCAUUUACUUGGGUUUGGUUUAUUUAUUCUAACAAUUCCAAUAAAACAGAACUGGAUCUAAUAUGAGUUGGCGAUCAGAACGUAUAUGGGUAGAACUUAUAGCGGGGUCUCGAAAAACUAGCAAUUUCUGCUGGGCCUUUAUCCUUUUUUUAGGUUCAUUGGGGUUCUUAUUGGUUGGAAUUUCCAGUUAUCUUGGUAGGAAUUUGUUAUCUUUAUUUCCGUCUCAGCAAAUUCUUUUUUUUCCACAAGGAAUCGUGAUGUCUUUCUAUGGAAUCGCGGGUCUCUUUAUUAGUUCAUAUUUGUGGUGUACAAUUUGGUGGAAUGUGGGUAGUGGUUAUGAUCGAUUCGAUAAAAAAGCGGGAAUAGUGUGUAUUUUUCGUUGGGGAUUUCCUGGAAAAAAUCGUCGUAUUUUUAUUCGAUUUCUUAUGAAAGAUAUUCAGUCCAUCAGAAUAGAAGUUAAAGAGGGUAUUUCUACUCGUCGUAUCCUUUAUAUGGAAAUCAUAGGACAGGGGGCCAUCCCCCUGACUCGUAUUGACGAGAAUUUAACUUCACGAGAAAUUGAACAAAAAGCUGCAGAAUUGGCCUAUUUCUUGCGUGUACCAAUUGAAUUACUUUGAAAAAAAGAAAUGAAACUGAAAAAAUGAAUGCUUUCUUCGGAAAAAGAGAUUUUGUUUUGAUAGAAGGGGCCCUCUUUGGAUUCGAAAUCCGACUAAUAUUCAUUACGCGAAGUGUUCCUCCGUGUAUUCAUUAAAAGGUCUAAUUGCUUCGAAUCUUAGUAAUUGAUGUCCUUUGAUGAAAGAA